UCCAAGUCCUCCAUUAAACGACAAUGAAGUUUAUUCUGGAGUGUGAUUGUUGAUUGUCAGUUGGCUUUACCCAUUGUCUGGACUGGAUUUGGAAUUGGAGGCAUGUCAAACAUCAAAGUAUCAAAAUGUUUGGAUGACAGGCUGGCGGCCACACGUUAAAUCAAUGGAGAACAUAACAGGGGAAAAAUUUAAUGGGUGUGGUGGGAUAGUAUUCGGAUGCUGAUUUUUUCUGGACUUCAUAUUUGGACUGGAAUCUGGAUGGGUGCCGUGUUAGAAAUUUCAGAUUUUGGGAGGACCUGGCAAGCUGCCAGAAGAUAAAGCUAAGCUGGAUCCUCGAAUCCUUCGUCGGUGGUCCCCACAGCAACCUUGAGAGCGAAAGAUAUAUUCUUCCCAGUGGACUGUUGGAUCACUGCAAUGAAUGGGUGGACUGAAAUGGAGAUGGAGAGGAAGACAAGAGUAACAAUUUCAGUGCUCAAUAUUUGCUUGCUUGUGUUUGUCUUUGUGAAUGGAGAUGGAGAUGGAGAUAAGAAUGGUGACAGGGUGUUUGAUCUUCCUGGACAGCCAGAUGUAAAUUUUGCCCACUAUGCAGGCUACAUUACUGUAAAUGAAUCCCAUGGCAGAGCUUUGUUUUACUGGUUCUUCGAAGCAGAAGAUGAGCCCUCCUCAAAACCUUUGGUUCUCUGGCUUAAUGGAGGGCCUGGAUGUUCUUCCAUUGGUUAUGGGGCAUCCAUUGAAUUGGGCCCCUUUCAUGUUAAAACAAAUGGAACAGGCCUUUACUUGAAUGAAUAUUCCUGGAACAAAGUAGCCAAUCUAUUGUUCGUGGAAUCCCCAGUAGGUGUUGGGUUUUCAUAUACCAAUACUUCUUCUGAUUUUCUCACCAUAGAUGACAAAUUCACUGCUGAGGAUUCAUAUGAAUUCCUUAUGAGAUGGUUUGAAAGAUUUCCAGAGUAUAAAUCCCAUGACUUCUAUAUAGCAGGGGAAAGCUAUGCAGGUCAUUAUGUACCUCAGCUUGCAGAGCUUCUGUAUGACCGCAGUGGAAGCCUUUCCAAACACCCUAUCAAUCUUAUUGGCUUCAUUGUGGGCAAUCCUGAAACAGAUGACUCCUAUGACUAUGAGGGAAUAGCAGAUUAUGCUUGGAGCCAUGCUAUCACCUCUGAUCAAACUUACAAGUUGGUUAAAAGAGUAUGCAAUUUCAAAGGUGACAACUGGACAGAUGAUUGCAGCAGUGCCAUGAGUUCCAUCUUUGCCGAGUAUUAUCAGAUAGACAUUUAUAACAUAUAUGCCCCUACCUGCCUUGAUAGUAUAAACUCAGGAACAGGGGCAAGGACUAGAGAUUCUUCAAGCUUACAAAAUAAGGUAUCAAGGAGACUUCUUCCAGGUCUUUAUGGUGGAUAUGACCCAUGUUUUGAAAUGUACACAAGCAAAUACUUUAACAGGCCUGAUGUACAGCAGGCUCUCCAUGCAAACAGUACAGGGAUUCCUUUCCAAUGGUCUGUUUGCAACAAUUCACUUUUCGAUUUGUAUCUUACCACUGUACACUCAGUGCUUCCCAUCUACAAGAAGCUCAUUAAAGCUGGACUAAAGAUUUGGGUCUACAGUGGAGAUAUUGAUGGAAGAGUGCCUGUUGUAUCUACAAGAUAUUGUAUUGAUUCGUUAAAUUUGACCAUCAAGGAAAAAUGGCAUCCAUGGUACCAUGAAAAACAGGUAGGAGGAUGGUUUAUAAGCUACGAGGGGCUGACAUUCUUGACAUUUAGAGGGGCAGGGCACCUAGUGCCAUUAAAUAAACCUAAUAAUGCAUUGUAUGUGUUCAAGACUUAUUUGAACAAUGGUAAUCUUCGCAUUAAACGGUAAUUUUAAUUUUUAUAUGAGUAAAAACAUUGAAUUGUACAAAAAUAUGUGCUUAAAGUUCUUUCAUAUGAAAUGCCAAAUGUUCAUAUAGUGGUAUCAUUUC